GAUUAUGGCAUCACACCUGAAUACAUAUGUAAGCGAAAUGAGGAUGUAAAGAAAGCCCAAGAAGAAUAUGAUAAUUAUAUCCAGGAAAACCUUAAGAAAGCAGCUAUGAAACGACUGUCUGAUGAGGAAAGGGAGGCGGUUCUGCAGGGAUUGAAAAAGAACUGGGAAGAGGUGCACAAGGAGUUCCAGUCCCUGUCAGUCUUCAUUGACUCCAUACCAAAGAAGAUUCGCAAGCAGAAGCUAGAAGAAGAAAUGAAACAGCUGGAACAUGACAUUAGUGUCAUUGAAAAGCACAAAAUUAUCUAUAUUGCUAAUAAGUAA